AUUUCCUACAAAAGAGUCUCUGAAGCUGGUAGUUCCUUAGCAGAAGAAGAAGAAGAAGAAGAAGAAGAAGAAGAAGAAGAAGAAGAAGAAGAAGAAGAAGAAGAAGAAGAAGAAGAAGAAGAAGAAGAAGAAGAAGAAGAAGAAGAAGAAGAAGAAGAAGAAGAAGAAGAAGAAGAAGAAUCAAUGGCUUUCUCUGGCUUUUCCUCUGUUCAGUCUUCUCGACCAAGCCUAGCUGGCUCAAUCUACAAAACAUCGUCCGCCAAAACAUACCGAGCUCCCAGUGUCCAUGGAGGAGCUGGUGGGUACGGCACCCGCAUCUCCACCGGCACCAGCUAUGGUGGCUUGGGUGGUGGCUUUCAGCUUGGUGCUUCUACCAGCGACCUGCUGCUUGCCGGCAGUGGGAAGGCGACAAUGCAGAAUUUGAACGACCGCUUGGCUGUGUAUCUGGAAAAGGUGCGCUCCUUGGAAAAAGGCAAUGCUCAGCUUGAAAUGCAGAUCCGCGAGUGGUAUGAGAAGUGCUCCCCUGUUGCUAAGCAAGACUACAGCAUGUAUUUUAAAACCAUUGAAGACCUCCAGAACAAGAUUAUCGCAGAACGAUUGGCCAACACCCAGAUUGUACUGGCGAUUGACAAUACCAAGCUGGCAGCCGAUGAUUUCCGAGUGAAAUACGAGAAUGAGCUGGGUCUCAGACAAAGUGUGGAAAAUGACACAGCAGGGUUAGCCAGACUCAUCGAUGACUUGACCCUGGUCAAGUCUGAUCUUGAACAUCAGGUCGAAGGUCUGAAGGAAGAACUGGCUUACCUCAAGAAAAAUCACGAAGAGGAAAAGGCAAGAUUGCAGAAGCAGCUGGGUGGCACCGUGUCAGUCGAGGUGGAUGCUGCUCCAGGCAUUGAUCUGGGACAGAUUAUGGACAACAUGCGCCAGCAGUAUGAAGUCAUGGCUGAAAAGAAUCGUCAAGAGGCUAAAGACCGUUUUGAUAAACAGGUUGAAGAAUGGAAUAUAGAGGUGACCACUACUACACAACAACUUGAGGGCCAUAGAAAUGAGGUCACGGAGCGGAGACGUACACUUCAGAACCUGGAGAUUGAACUCCAAUCCCAGCUUAACUUGAAAGCGGAUCAGGAGAAUAUGCUGGCGGAAACCGAAGCACGUUACGGAGCCCUAUUGGCCCAGAUACAGGCUUCCAUUGGGAACGUGGAGGCCCAGCUGAUGCAGCUGCGGAGUGACAUGGAGCGUCAGAGCCAGGAGUACAACAGCCUCUUGGACAUCAAGGUCAAGCUAGAGGCAGAGAUUGCCACAUAUCGCCGCCUGCUGGAAGGGGAAGACAGCAGGGCUAUUCUUGAAGAACUGGAAGCUGAAAAAGAAAAGAAUAAAGUCCUGAGGAUCAAGACUGUUGUUGAAGAGAUGGUCGAUGGGCAAGUCGUAUCAUCCAGAAUUGACGAGCGGGAACAGAAGAUGUAGCCGGUGGCGGAAGGCAUUUUACGUUCUUUGUGUUAAGGCCAGAAAAUAAUAAUAAUAACCUAAUUUCAAAUCCUGCCUUUCUGAAGACGAAAUGAUACUUCUCUAUAGAUUUUAAAAAGGGAACUCAAUGAUAAAGGAAACAAUGUGCUAUUGCUAAAGAAUCGAUCGACUGUUUCUUCUAUAUAAAAAAAUUAAAAAGUCUGUUCAUUAUGUCAAAAGGUUGCAACUGUAUGUUUUGUUAUAUCAGUUUAACUGGUUGAGUUAAAGCACUCCAGCCUGAAUCUAGUGCUGUCCAUGCAUGGGAGGAGCACACUUCCACUCUUGCAACAGGACUUCUCUGUCCCUUUUGCAUUUGCUCAAAAAUCUCCUGGGGGUCCUGGCCUGGGGGAGUUGGGGGGAGGCUGCAGAUGCAAGGAGAGGAGGUUCAUUCAUUCUUCAAGUGCCAGUCUGCUCACUCAACCCUGGGUUCUGCUCUCCAAGAUCCAGCUUCUUUAACCUAAACCCAGCUCUGUGUGGGACUGAAUACUUCCCUUAGGCCAGGGGUAUGGUCCCUGUGGCGGUCAUCUCUCUCCGUUGACCACAAUGGCCGGGAAUGAUGGCAGAGGGAAUUCAACAACAGCAGGCAGGCCACAUGUUCCCUGUCCCUGCCCUAGGCAAAACAAGGAAUUUUAUCCAGGAUAGAGAUUAGAAAUGAUCUAUCGAUUACUGUUCUGCUUUUCAUCUUUUCAAUCUUAAAUCCAGUUCUCCACAUUUCUGCAGCAAUCUGUGAUCAUUAAAAAAAAUCCU